GAACCGGAAAUGACAUCGUCAAACGUGUGCCGUCUCCCACGUGUGAGAGCGUUUCAGUCACAUUUGGUAGGUCCACGGCUCCACCAUGAAACGACCCAAGUUAAAGAAAGCAAGCAAGCGGCUCUCAUGUGCCAAACGUUAUAAGAUACAGAAGAAGGUCCGGGAGCAUAACAGAAAGCUACGGAAACAGGCAAAGAAGAAAGGAGUGAGCAAACGAGUGAAGAAGGAUAUCGGUGUGCCCAACAGUGCUCCCUUCAAAGAGGAGGUCCUCAGGGAGGCCGAACAGAGGAGGCUGCAGAUUGAGGAAGAAAAAGAAAGAAAACGGCAAGCUAAAAAGGAGGAGCGAGCCCAGAAGAGGAAAACGGACAAAGAGGCUGCAAGUAAAGAAGCAGAACCCACGGCUAAGAAAGUUCGCAAGGAUGGCAGUGGAAAUCAAUCUGAGAAUAAGGCUGCCCCAGACAAGAACUCAAAACAUUUCCUUUGUGCCGAAUUAAACAAGGUUCUUGAUGCAUCUGAUGUAGUAAUAGAAGUCCUUGAUGCUCGUGAUCCACUGGGGUGCAGGUGUCCACAGCUCGAAGAGGCUGUGCUGCAAAGAGGAGGCGGCAAGAAAUUACUUUUGGUUUUAAACAAAAUAGAUCUGGUACCAAAGGAGAAUGUGGAAAAGUGGGUCCGGUGUUUACAGCAGGAGCUUCCUGUAGUGGCAUUUAAAGCAUCAAAACAGAAGCAGGAUGGAGCAGUGAAAGCCAAAAAGCGCAGAUUAGUGGCCUCUAACGAAGUCCUGGACAGAUCCCGAGGAGCAGCCUCCUUUGGAAAUGCUUGUUUUGCAGAGCUGCUCACAAGUUAUGCUGAUAAAACGCAGGGUGAAGGUUCACUCAGAGUUGGCGUAGUUGGCUUUCCUAAUGUUGGGAAGAGUAGCAUCAUCAACAGUAUAAGGGAAGCCCCGGCUUGCAAUGUUGGUAUCAAGAGAGGUACCACCAAAAUGAUGCAAGAGGUGCACGUCGCAAAGAAUGUGAAGCUAAUAGACAGCCCAGGAGUUCUGGCGUCACCGUCCAACCCACCGGCCUCGAUGGCUCUGAGGAGCCUGCAGGUGGAGGAGGGCAGUGAGAGUGUGCUGGAGGCUGUCAGGAAUCUGCUUAAGCAGUGUGAUAAGACCCAGAUCAUGCUUCAGUAUAACGUCCCAGACUUCAGAAAUUCUCUGGAGUUUCUGACCCUUCUUGCCAAAAAGCGUGGUUAUCUGCAGAAGGGUGACGUUCCCAACACAGUGCAGGCAGCCGCCACGUUCCUUGGUGAUUGGACGGGACCCAAACUGAGCUACCACUGUAAGGCACCAGCAAACCGCAGCCUUCCUCCCUACCUGUCUGACGCUGUGGUCACAGAGAUGCAGAACGGCUGGAAUCUACACAAAAUAAAAACAGGAAAUGAGGAAACUCUGAAAGCUGUUAGAUUUCCGAACCAGGCCAGCAGUAUAGGCUUCACCUCUAAAGGGCCGACUGCAGGUCUCCUGAGUGUCACCGACAUCUUUGACGGAAAGCCUGGAGCUGCAGCCACAGAGGGAGGAGGAGAACAGAACGAUGAAAACAGUGAGCCUGAACAAGCCAAUGAGGACUCAAAUAAAACAGAGAAAGCAGCAGAACCACAGGGAAAGACACUCAAAAAAAAAAAAGGGAGUGUGCGGUUUCAGUCUGUACCCAUUGACACCAGCUUCUCAACAGCAAAUACAGACGAUGCCUAUGACUUCAACAUAGAUUUUAAAUGAUAUAACCUUCGUGUUGAACGAAUGCCUGCAGUAUCAUGGACAUUCACACUUUAGCUGAGUUUUCAGCUGGAUUGUUCUUCUUGGACUGCCCAGGAAAUGGACUUAAUUGCAUAGUAUGCAUCUGUACAUAUCUACUGACUUUUUCCAAUCAAACAUCUUUGUAAUAUCCUGUUAUUGCAGGAAAAUGUGUGUAUAUAGAAAUCUUACUACAAAGGUAAUAAACCUGCAAAGAAACAA